AUGGGGGGUGCUGGCUGUGCCCGUGCUGGCCGCAGUUACCCCACGGGAGCCACGUACCGGGAGAACUGCAACCUGUGCACCUGUGGCCCCGAUGGGCGGUGGCAGUGCGAGGACCACGCUUGCCUGAUGGACGGGGAGCUGAUCGACGCUGUCAACAGGGGCAAUUAUGGCUGGAGAGCUGCCAACUACAGCCAGUUUUGGGGCAUGACACUGGAGGACGGGAUCCGGCACCGCCUGGGCACCUUCCGACCCUCUCCCACUGUCAUGAACAUGAAUGAGAUGCACAUGAACAUGGACUCCAAUGAGGUGCUGCCCCGCCACUUCGACGCAGCUGAGAAGUGGCCCGGGAUGAUCCACGAGCCCUUGGACCAGGGCAACUGUGCUGGGUCCUGGGCCUUCUCCACAGCAGCUGUUGCCUCGGACCGCAUCUCCAUCCACUCCAUGGGGCACAUGACACCUGCCCUGUCACCCCAAAACCUGCUGUCCUGUGACACCCGCAACCAGCGGGGCUGCAGCGGGGGGCGGCUGGACGGCGCCUGGUGGUUCCUGCGCAGGCGGGGGGUGCCCGUCACGCUGCCCACACCAGCAGCCAUCCUGGAGGUGCAUGAGGAUUUCUUCAUGUACAAGAGCGGGAUCUAUCGGCACACGCCGGUGGCCGAGGGGAAGGGGCCAAAGCACCAAAGACACGGGACCCACUCAGUCAAAAUCACUGGUGUUUUUGCAGAGCUAAGAGCAUGCACUGACUUCUGCAAAAUCACCUCAGCCAGAGAGUUUGGGGUCUGA